UUAAAAUUCCUUUUUAAAACAUUAAUUAAUAUUCUCUUCAUGUUAAGGUGGACAAAUAAUAGUAUAAGAAAAGAUUAUAAAAUAAGAAAGGAAAAAUAAUAAGCCUCGAAUUGCUCUAAUAGCUUGCAAUUGGAAAGGUUUGUUGUCGCCAAGUCUGCCCUCCGCUCACAACAAACACGCAAAGGCCCAUAAAAUUAUUCCUAUUUAGGCCACACAAACGCCUCUGCCAGCUGACGGCCCCUUUUGGGGCGGUGGGCGCCGAACAAAGCUGCACUCGGUCAAACAUUAUUACGCCCUCCGCGCACGUUAGCCUCCCCCCCUCCCCCUCUCCCCCUCCCUAGCGGUGGCCUCUUCUCUCUCUCUCUAGAUCUCCACAUCAGCCGCUAUCCCCCUUUUAACCUAACACCCCCACCCGCCCUCUUUUCUUCAUUAUGCCUCCGCUCUCCUCCUCCGCUGCCCAGCACCCUUUUCCCGUCCUCUCUUUUUUCCUUUCUCUCCGGCCCGGUCCACUAAAUCUCUCGCUAUUAAUUGAUCCAAAUCCAUUGAGUAAUUCUGGGUAUUUACUGUUUAGCGAGAUCGAUCCAAACCCAUUAAGCAAUUCUAGGUAUUUUCUGUUUAGAGAGAUUUCGGCCCGUGCACUAAAGCUCUCUGAACUCGUUACAGAGAUUUGAAUUCUGUAAUUCACAAUGGCGGCACAAGAUUUCUCUAACGUUACCCCAACAAGGGUUCUGCCAUCAUCCGACGUAACAGUUGCGGUGGCAUCUCGCCGUCUUCCUCCGCCAUGUUGGUCACAUGAUGAGACGAUAGCGCUCAUUGAUGCAUACAGGGAAAAGUGGUAUUCUCUGCGUAGAGGGAAUCUGCGUGCUAAUCAUUGGCAGGAAGUUGCAGAUGAUGUUGCUGUUAGGUGCCCUAUUGAUCCACCGAAGACCGCAGUGCAGUGCCGGCAUAAGAUGGAGAAGCUUCGGAAACGUUAUCGUGCUGAAAUUCAACGUGCUGCUCCUUAUGGUGGCGCGAGAUCUCAUCGUUAUUGCUCUGCUUGGGUCCAUUUUAAGCGUAUGGAUAUGAUGGAAAGGGGUCCUAAUGCUGUUUCUCCGCCACCUAGUGAUGAUGAAGGUGAGGAGGAUGUUGAAGAUUAUCGUCAAAAUAGUGUUAAACUUAUUGGGGAUUUGUAUGGCAACAAUGUGAACCCCGGUGAUCGGAGUAGUUACCCAGGGGUUGUGAGUAAUGGAGGAGGUGGGUUUCGAAUCCGUAUACCUGGGUUUUCGGGGUCACAUCCCGGGUCAGCUCCUCCAAUGGCGAAACCGUAUGGUAGAUUUGAGGAUUCAGGAGUUGAAAAUCCGAAUAAUUUUGGGUCUAGUAAGAUGUACAGGGAUGGGUUUGUAAAGAAGCCUGAUUUGGGAAAAAGGGUUGUUGGUGAAGGAAUGGGGGAAAAGAGAAAGGGGGAUCCGAUGGAGGAAAUGGUUGAUGCGAUAAAGGUAUUAGGGGAUGUGUUUGUGAGAACGGAGAGGAUGAAGAUGGACAUGGCAAGAGAGUUGGAAAGGGCGAGAAUGGAAAUGGAGAUGAAGAGAACUGAGAUGAUACUCGAGUCACAACAAAGGAUCGUGGAGGCCUUUGCUCAGGCAAUGUCGGAGAAGAAACAUAAGAAGGCAAAGAGAAUGCCAACUCCUGAAUGCUAGAUUGGUUUUAGUUGUGUGAUAAAGUUGCCUUUUUUUGGUGAAUAUUUUGCAGCAUUGAAUUGCCGAAUGCACUCCGGAUUAAACUAAUUUCCCACAUUUAGUGAGCUCGCAACACGCCUUUCCCUUCCAUCUUGGCAUUUACUAUUUACUUGAGUAGCAGAACUGCUAGAGUAGGAACUUAUCAGUUCAUCGAUGUAGAUUUUUUUGGUUAUGAAUUUAUGCUAGCAUUGCAUGAUCAGGGUUCUAACAUUGGAUUCGUUGUUAGUA